UACAUGUACUUGUGAUAAUCAUAAUCGCGUAAUUGUGCAAUGUUCGUUUCUAAAUUCUGCACACUAAUAAUUUGAAUAAAGCCAGUCGUGAAUUUGGUCACCACUCCUGUCGAAUCAUAUGUAAAUAAGAUUAACUGACGGAGACUAAAGAAUUUCUUUAUCAACUUCCUGAACAAUAUGUUACUAGGAUAAAAUUGCGAAAUAAUAAUUAUUUGAGGCGAUAAAGGUGGCUUCACCAUAAUAUAAUCGUAGUUGGAAGUUAAAAUUUUCCAAUCAUACACUAUCAAUGGUUAUAUCUUAAUUUGUUCCAGUAAAACAUGGACGGAUUUGACCAUUUCCUUUUCAGUCAAACUGGAUGAAUAUAAACGAAGCUAGUCUUUUUUCAUGUAACAGAAGAGUACAAUAUGAACAGACAAAUAAUCAAAAUUCUGCGCACAUUACCAGCAGUUAUCUUACUGGUCAGUAUAUCAAGUGUUAUGCUAAUGGUUCUUUCUCGUCACGUGAAAAUAGAAGUCACAACAUUAAACGAAAUCUCAAUACCAACAGAUGAAAUAGAAUUGCCGCCAUUAAUCAUCACAGCUUUCCCAAGAACAAAAUAUGCCACAACCGUUCCUACCAUUCCGACCGAAACUACCACAUUAGGUAAUGCAACUGUCAAACCUCGAGUAUUGUUUGACGAAAUUAUCAAUCCACAUCCAUAUAGAUAUAAACGUAUACCAUCCCGUGUUUGUAAAUCAACCGGUAAUCCUGUUGACCCAAGAUUAUUAAUUUUAGUAAAAUCUAAUGUCUUUCAAAUUGGACAUCGCAUGGCUAUCCGAGCAACUUGGGGAAACUUUACAAACAAUUCAAUACAAAUAGCGUUUUUAUUAGGGGAUUCACCGCUAAUAACGUCAUUUACUAAGAUGGAAUAUGAUUUGUAUGAAGACAUGGUGCAAGAGGACUUCAUGGACGAGUAUAAAAACAAUACUCUAAAGACUAUAAUGGGAUUUAACUGGGCUGUGUCUGACUGCAGUCAAGCUAAGUUUGUUCUGUUUGUAGACGAUGACUAUUAUGUAAACAUACCACUACUAUUAGAUCUUAUAGAAAAUAUUACUGAAUUUGAAGACGAGAAUGUGUUCAUUGGUUUUAAGUAUGAACAUGCUGUAGUUCGUAGAAAGAAAGAAUCUAAAUGGUACGUAUCUACCGACGAGUACCCUAACAAACAUUGGCCUCCAUACAUUAGUGGCGGAUCUAUGUUACUCUCUAUGGACGUGGUAAAAGAAAUAUCAAAGACUUUUCCUCACGUGAAACAAAUAUUUAUUGAUGAUGUCUACCUCGGAAUAGUAGCUGAAAUUCUGAACAUAACACUCACACAUGACAAAAGAUUUGAAGUAAAAUAUGUUCCUGAAAAACUGGACACGUUAAUAACUAGUCACGACUACGGCUCGCCGAAUGUUCUCGUACAUGAAUGGAAUAUUGACGACGAUGACGAUGAUGCAAUAUCAACUGUUGAACAAAACCCAUGAACUUCAUAAGAUGCGCAAUAAGUUCAAAUGUGUUCUUCCAGUAUAACAUCGAUAUCCGUGUUAAAUAGCUAUUUGGUGAAUAAUGUGUAUUAUUCCAAUUCAUUUAUCAAUGGGAUAGGUAGACAUAUUACAUUGUAAAGAACACAAUGAAUCCUGUAUACAUAUAUAAAAUAUAUAAGUGUAACGGAAAACAAACUAUAAUUGUUACAGCUACAUUUUGUCUACCAGGAUUUAAGGCUUUUGAGGGUAACAACUGCUUACAUCAUAAGUAAUGUGUGCAGCUUAGAUAAUAAAUACCAACCAUCUAAUGAAUGAUUUGAAAUAUUCACAAACUAGUGAAGUAAACUAUAAGUUUGAGGGACGAAUGCAAAUCAAAUGAUGACAAGUGUUCUAUGUCUGACAACCAUAAUCUAAUACCUUUUACUAUAUUUUAUAAUUAAAUAUCCUGCCAUAACCAACUUUUACAAUUGUUAAGCCAGAAAACCUUAAAUAUGUCAAGGAAUAACAUGUUAUAUAUCUUUUAGGACUUAAUUGAGAUCGGAUAUUAUCACAACAAAACAAUGCGAAUCAUGUUUUAACAAAAGUCCAUUCAAUUGGCUUACUAAAUUUAUUUAUGAUACCACU